CCCUCCAAAAAACCGCCCAUAAAAGCGACAGUGUUUCCCACCAAAUCGUCCACCACAGACACAUUUUAUCAUCAAUUGGCACUUUGCUGCUGUUGAUGACCGAUCCUGCCCAAAGAGGCUUGCAUUCAUCCCAUGAGAGCCUCUCUUUGUACACAACAUUCCUCUUCUGUGGUAUUUAAAACAUGUCUCCAGACAGUAAUUCUCUUUUGUUUUUCCACCUCUGACUUCCCCUCUCACCUUCUUGCUCUUCUUACUCUGUUUCCAGUUCCUCUCUCUCUCUCUCUCGGAUUCCUCCGCUGUCCCUCCUCUCAAGUCCCCUCUCCUCCACACCCACCCCCCGUCCCCAAACACUGAUCUCAGAUUAAGGUGAACACUAUCCCAGGUAAAGUUUGCACCUGCUUCUUUAGGCAAAGCUCCUUCCACUGAUUCUCACUGAUUCCCAGUUAAGGCGAGAACAAAAAAACUCUAGCUCGCUGUUGAUUCUGCCGGUAAUUCCUGCGGAGCUGGACGUGGACAAGAAGCACUCUUCCAUCAGGACAUCCAGCUGCUCUUCAUCACUUCGACUGCCUCUCUUUACUCCCUCCAUCACUCCCUGGAUGGGAUACUGCUCUGUGGAGAUUGCCACUAGACUAGUAAGGUGCUAGAUGUUCAUCUGCUGAAGGCAGAAUGGUCAGGGCAGGCUGUCCAGUCAUUCUGCUCCAUAUCUUCAGCAUCUUUGCACACACAAGAGGUAACACUCAGGAUACGCUGUAUCCAUAUGGACCUGGCCAUAGGGAUCUAGAGACUCCAAAGAUGGACGAUGGAAGUUCUCCUGAAAUUACUUUGCUCAUCCCCUUUGUUUUCUUCAAUAUCCCUUACCGCUCUAUCUAUGUCAACAACAAUGGUGUAAUCUCCUUCAACGUGCAGGUUAGCCAGUUCACACCAGAGGCUUUUCCCCUGAGUGACAGCAGGUCAUUUAUUGCUCCACUCUGGGCAGAUGUGCACAAUGGCAUCCGCGGAGAUGUGUACUACCGGGAGACCACCGAGCCAGAAAUUCUCGAAAGGGCAACACAAGAUGUCCGGAAGUAUUUCAAAAACAUGCCCACCUUCACUGCCACAUGGGUCUUUAUUGCAACAUGGCACCAAGUCACUUUCUAUGGAGGAAGCCAGACAACUCCGGUGAACACGUUCCAAACUGUACUCAUCUCAGAUGGCGUGGCAUUCUUCAGUAUGUUCAACUACGGCGAAAUCACAUGGAGCACAGGAACAGCCAGUGGUGGAGAUCCAUUAACAGGAUUGGGCGGUACAACAGCUCAGUCAGGUUUUAAUGGUGGAGAUAUUGGCCAUUUCUUCAACCUGCCGGGAUCGCGGUCAAAUGAUGUAGUGAACAUUGAACAGACAACUAAUGUAAAUAUUCCUGGGCGCUGGUUCUUCCGUGUAGACACUGAGCUGAUUAAUCCUGCCAAUGGCUGCAGCUACAAUGGCCGUUACUACAGACGGGGAGAGAUCUUUUGGCUGUCCGACAGAUGCUCACAGCGAUGUCGCUGCCUCGACAUCGAUAAUGAGGUGCAGUGUCAAGAGGCUCCGUGUGGGCAGCUUGAAACCUGUGAGCAGCUGGAAGGAGCCUUUUACUGCCAGCCCACUCGCACCAGCACUUGCGUGGUAUUCGGAGACCCCCACUAUCACACCUUCGACGGCUUCCUCUAUCACUUCCAGGGGACCUGCUCCUACCUGCUGGCUCGGCCCUGCUGGGAGGUGGCAGGGCUGCCCUUCUUCAGUGUGGAGGCCAAAAACGAGAACCGCGGAGCUGCCUCUGUUUCCUGGCUUAGAGAUGUCACAGUGGAGGUGUAUGGUCACCGAGUUACGCUGCCAAAAGGAAGUUUUGGAACAGUCCAGGUGGAUGGCUUGAUGAAGACUUUACCAGUCCAACUCCAGCUUGGUGCUGUCAGGGUGUACCAAUCUGGGGUUGCCAUUGCUUUAGAAACUGAUUUUGGACUCUUGGUAACUUACGAUGGCCAACAUUACGCAUCCAUCUCCCUCCCCAGCUCCUACUUCAACAACACUUGUGGCCUUUGCGGCAACUACAAUGAUGACCCUGCCGAUGAUCCCGUACUACCUGAUGGCACUCUGGCAGAAAGCGUGGUGGAGCUGGGAGGCAGCUGGAGAGCAGAGGACACGGACUGGAGGUGUACAGAUGGAUGUGCACAGAACUGCAGCAUCUGUGACCCUCUUACAGAAGCUUUCUACUUUCGGUCUGACUACUGUGGGUUAAUUAACAAAACUGAUGGACCAUUCAGGGACUGCAGAGCUGUUGUGGAUCCUACAGCCUUUGUGUACAGCUGCGUUUAUGACAUGUGCAGCAACAAGGAUAACAUCACUACUCUAUGCCAGGCCAUCCAGGCCUAUGCUCUGGCUUGUCAGGCCCUUGGUGUCACAAUACGACCUUGGAGAUCUCGCACCUUCUGUGCUUGGUCAUGUCCAGACUUCAGCCAGUAUCAAGUGUGCACAAGCGCCUGUCCAGCUUCCUGCUCAGACCUCACCGCUCCCUUGUACUGUGCUCAUCCUUGCACUGAGGGCUGCCAGUGUGACCCAGGCUAUGUUCUCAGUGGCAGCCGCUGUGUACAGCGCGAAGACUGUGGCUGUGAGCAUAAUGGCCUCUAUUACCCCCUUAAUGCAACUUUCUGGGUAGGUCCCAGCGGUGAAGAAGGUGAAUGUACCCUCCGGUGUACCUGUGGGCCUGCUGGGGAAGUUUCUUGUUUCAAUGAGUCCUGUAAGGAGGGUGAGGUGUGUAAGGCAGAGGUUGGCCUGCUGGGUUGCUAUCCUCGAAGAGAAGGAGUUUGCUCAGUCACCCAAAACUCAGUGACAUCCUCCUUCGAUGGCACCUUCCUGCCUUUCCCAGAUGACAGCUCUUACUACUUACUGAAGCUGUGCGCUCCAGUGCCAGCCAACGGCUCGAUGGUGGAGGUGAAGCUAGGCCGGCGGUUGGUCAACAAAGGGCCCGCUUGGAAAAGACCUGUGGUAGUUAGACUAGCUAACGUGGAGGCACAGAUGGGAGGGUUGGAUUUUGAUACAGUCAAGGUGAAUGGUGAACUAGUGUCGCUCCCAUACGUCCAUCCAAUGGAGACAAUGAUGAUCUACAGAGCGCCGGGCAAUGCAACAGUGGUGGAGUCCCGCGGUCUGCUUCGUGUCCACUACACACAUCAAGGAUUCCUCAAUAUCUCCCUUUCAACCCUCUUCUACAAUGUUACCUGUGGUCUUUGUGGUGUUUUCAAUAGCAAUGCAACCGAUGACCUUCGCCUACCCAAUGGACGCCAGGCAGAGUCUAUCGAACAGUUCACAGAGGGUUGGCGGUCCAUUGCUGAUGAUCUUACCUGCAACGGUGACUGCGACGACCUGUAUCGCAUGUGCACAGACUUGCGUCUUUAUCAGAGCCCUUGGAUGUGCGGAAAUAUCAACGACCCCGGGAAUAGUUCCUUUCUUGCGUGUCACGCAGUGGUUAACCCCUCGCCAUUCUUCAGGAACUGUUUGUAUAACAUGUGUGUGAGGGAAGGGAACCGCUCAGCCCUGUGUUCUUCGCUGCAGGCUUACGCCACCGCCUGUCAGGAUGCUCAAGUAGGACUUGCUUCAUGGAGGAGCGCCACCAACUGUCCUCUUCCCUGUCCAGAGAACAGUCACUUUGAUGAGUGCACCAGCGCCUGCCCUUUGACCUGUGCCAACUUGGACGAACCCGAAGAGCCGUGCCCCCUGCCUUGUCAGGAGGGGUGUCAGUGCGAAGACGGCUUCGCGCUGCGGGAUGGCCUGUGCGUGGCGCGCAGUGAUUGUGGCUGCAUCUACCACAGGCGUCAGCUGGCCACCAACCAGACUUUCUGGACAGACUGGGAGUGCCAGGAGCGCUGCUACUGCAAUGGCUCUGACAACACCGUAUACUGUCAGCUCGCGCCGUGUCACCCUGAGGAGUACUGCCAGGAGAAUGACGGCCUGUAUUUCUGCCAGCCGCGCUCUGAGGCCCUGUGUGUGGCAGCUGGCUAUGGACAUUUUUUGCCAUUUGGCGGAGUGCCGUUCGAGCUGCAGAGCUCUUGCACUCUCAGGAUGGUCACCACCAGAUGUGGGAGGGGGAACACGGCGCACGUACCCAUCACCAGAACUUUUCCUCCAUUUGAACUGGCGGUUCGUAACGAGGACAGAGACACGAGCCAAGCAAUUUGGGUGAGGGGUUUUGUGCUGGAGGUUUACGAGUAUGAAAUUGAAGCAUCUCGAAGCUACAGAAACACUGUCACGGUGAAUAAGGAGCGACUGUACCUUCCCCUGAAGCUGGGCCCAGGAAAGGUCAAUAUCUUCACCUUUGGCAUGCACCUCAUUUUGGAGACAGACUUUGGCCUGAAGGUGGCCUUUGACUGGAACACUCUCCUGCUCUUGACUUUACCCCGCGACCUCUACAACACCACCUGUGGCCUUUGCCAGGGGAUGCCUCUGUCCCCACCCACCCUUUCCACAACCGACUGGGGCAUGUCCUGGGCAGAGAGGGACACCUUUUGCCAGGUGGGCUGUGGUGACUCCUGCCCGCGCUGUGGCCUCGGAGAGAAAAGCUCCCAAAACGACACCCCUCUCAUGGUGGCUGAUGCCAACAUGAACGCUGGGAGCGACGAUGAAGCAAACGGAGUCAGCACGGGCAUACGUUUCCACAUCGGUGACGGGCUCUAUGUGUUUGUGGAGCCCGAGGCGGUGAGGCUGUGUGGGUUACUUGUUGAUCGGGGAGGCGUGUUUGCACGUUGUCACAGCAAGGUGGCGCCAGCGUUCUUUUAUCAAAGCUGCCUCCAGGACACCUGCUUGGAUCAGGGAGCUCAGGAUACAAUCUGUAACUGGCUGCAGAUCUAUGCCAGCACCUGUCAGACCCAGGGGGUGCAUGUCACCGACUGGAGGAGCGACACACCGUGUGUCCAGAGCUGUCCACCUAACAGCCAUUACUCCAGUUGCAUGUCAGUUUGCCCGCCCCAGUGUGCACCAGCCCGCGGCCAGAGGGACUGCAGCCAGGACUGCGUGGAGGGCUGCCAGUGCGACCAGGGCUACGUGCUCAACGGCAAGAGCUGCAUCCUUCCUCAGAACUGUGGCUGCUAUACCGAUGGCAAGUACUAUGAGCCCAAGCAGCUGUUUUGGAACGCCGACUGCACCAAGCGCUGCCAGUGCAUCGGACGAAACCUGAUUCAGUGCAAUCCAAGGCGAUGCAAGGCAGAGGAGGAGUGCACCCUCCGGUACGGGGUUCGGGGCUGCUUUGCCCGCCGCUCCCAGCACUGCGUGGCGUCAGGCGGCGGAGUGUUCAGGACAUUCGACGGGGCGUCGCUGCGACUGCCGGCCUCGUGCUCCUUCGUCCUGUCCACAAACUGUCACAAGCUGCCCGACCUCUCUUUCCAGCUCAUUGCCAACUUUGAUAAAUGGAGCACGCCCAACCUCACCACCAUCUCACAUGUCUACCUGUAUAUAAAUGAGGAGAAUAUACUCAUCUCUGGCAGCACUGUCAAGGUUAAUGGCACACCAGUAUCCGUACCAUUUGUAACAGGGCUGAUGACACGCCUGUCCACAUCUGAGGGUUUCAUUGUCAUUGACACACCCCAGGACAUCCAGGUUCGCUACAACCGCUUUAACACCCUGAGCAUCACAAUGGGCCAGCGGCUCCAGAACAAGGUGUGCGGCCUUUGUGGGAAUUUCAAUGGGGACCCCAAUGAUGACUACAUCACCUCAAGGGGCAAGCCGGCUGUCAGCGCCCUGGAGCUGGCACAGAGCUGGAAGACCAACGGCAUGCAGAACAGCUGCGAUGAGACCCAGUACGUGGCUUUGGCUCAGUCCUGCGACAACUCUGCCAUCCUGGCUCUGCAGAGUGAAGAUGCCUGUCAGAAGCUCACCCAGCUCAAAGGCUUCUUCCAGCCAUGCCACGGCCUGCUGGAUCCCCGCCCCUUCUACCAGUCCUGCUACCUGGAUGGCUGCUACAAUCAUCGCAAGGCUCAGGUCUGUGGAUCACUGGCAGCCUAUGCAGAAGCCUGCCGGUCCAUGGGCACCCUCACGACCAAGUGGAUCACCCAGGAGAACUGCUCAGAAUGGAUCUAUGACCCCUGUGCAGGAGAGAUCUGCACAAACUUCACCUGUGAGCUGGAGAACGGAGGCGAUCUGUGUGGCUGUCCGGAGUUACCCACCAAUGCUGAAGGCGAGGAUGACAUCAUCCAAGCGGAGGUGACCUGUAAGCAUGCUCAGAUGGAGGUUUCCAUCUCCAAGUGUAAGCUCUUCCAGCUGGGCUUUGAACGCGAAGAUGUCCGGAUCAACGACGAGCACUGCGCUGGCAUUGAGGGAGAGGACUUCAUCUCCUUCCACAUUAACAACACUAAGGGACACUGCGGCUCCAUUGUACAGUCCAACGGCACACACAUCAUGUAUAAAAACACUGUGUGGAUAGAAAGUGUGAACAACACUGGGAACAUCAUCACCAGAGACAAGACCAUCAACGUGGAGUUUUCCUGCGCCUAUGAGCUGGACCUGAAGAUCUCACUGGAGACUGUCCUCAAACCCAUGCUCAGCGUCAUUAACCUCACCCUACCGACCCAGGAAGGAAACUUCAUUACCAAGAUGGCUCUGUAUAAAAACUCCUCGUACCGCCAUCCAUACAGAGAGGGGGAGGUGGUGCUCAGCACUCGAGACAUCCUGUACGUAGGCGUCUUUGUGGAAGGAGCGGAUGAAAACCAGCUCAUCCUUAUAGUGAACAUGUGCUGGGCCACGCCGUCGCGCUACAGCAGUGAUCGACUCCGCUACAUCAUCAUUGAGAGAGGGUGCCCAAACAUUAAGGACAAUACCAUUGGCAUGGCAGAGAAUGGCGUAUCACUCACCUGCCGCUUUCACGUCACCGUCUUCAAGUUCAUCGGGGAUUACGAUGAAGUCCACCUGCACUGUGACGUUUCUCUGUGCGACUCAGAGACGAACGCCUGCAAAGUGAACUGUCCACAUAAGAGAAGAAUGUACUCAGAGGACAGUGACCAUAAAGAGCACAUACUGUCUGUGGGACCCAUAAGAAGGAGAGAGUCUGACUGGUGUGAGGAGAACAAUGGAGGCUGUGAGCAAAUCUGCACCAGUAAGGCCACUGGGCCCAUCUGCAGCUGUGUGACUGGGAUGCUGCAAAGAGAUGGGAAGAGCUGCCGGGCCGUGAGCUCAAGCAGUAACGUCACACCUGCGAUUCCUCUGCUGAGCGUCAGCGCUGCGAUCUCCGUGCUCCUGGCUCACCUUCACACUCUUCUCCUCUCCUAACGCUCUGUGAGCUAAGAGAAGGCAAUAAAUGACAAAGAUCAAACACACAAAAAGACUUGAAUAUGCACAAAGUAUCAUCAUUGAUUAGCCAAUAGAUCAGCCAGAAAGUCAAGACAGAAUAUACUGUACACCGACUAAUUUUUGUCUCCACAUUUCAUUGAUAAAAGGUAAGUCAGUUUUCUAGAUACAUGGACAGUCAGUCAGUUUCACGGCUUUGUUGUGUUUUUCUUCAUCCCCAUCUGCUUCUUUAUUUACAUUUAUCAGGACUCCCACUGUUUAUCACUCACCUAAAGCCACUAUGUGUAGAUGUUUUCAUGUGAUUAUAACAUAUUUUUACAAAUUUCUUUAUAGGAAAUUAACAUAUUACGCAUGCUACCACCAGAUGGUGCCAAAGAAAGUAAUUUUCCCAUCUAGAGAUACAAACUUGAAGGUACAACAGCUAAAAUCACACAGUGAUGUUUAUGGAAAGACAAUGGCUAAAUUAAAAAGAAACAGUAAUAUAACUGAUUAGUUAAAGAAAGCAUAAUUCUAAGUCAUCAGGGAAUGUGAAAUGUGAUCCCAUCUGUUUGUAUUUCUACUUGAUAUUAUUCUACAGUCACACUAAGGAAAGCAGUGGCUGGAGAUCACGACUGUGUGCAAUGAACUUGCAAAUUUUUUUUGCCAUUGAAAUUGUUGCUUCAAAUACAGGAUCGGGUCUAUGACCACUUAGUCAGACCAUCUUUGAAAUGACCUUAGUGUAACAAAAAGAUGAUGAUGACAACUAGUUGACACUAUUGCAAAAAAAGGGUUGUAGACGAGUUGCAGACUGACUCAGAAUGAUUACAGCGGGCUAGCAAUUUCUCUGUGUUUGCAAACUUUUACCAAUCUGUCUGAGAACGAUUGCAGUCAAAGCCGGUUGCAUGGAGACGGGUUGCCUCCCACCAGGCAGUGUUUGCAAUUACCUUGCAGUAGAAAAUCAACUAUAUGUUUGCACUAAGUACUUGCAAGUAAAAAAAACAAAAAAAAAAAAACAGCAGUAAUCAGGCAACCAUCAGUUUUGGCUGUUUUUACUCUAGUGUGAGCUAUUCAUAAAUCCUCAUUCUGUCCAAACUGUGAUCAGAUCUUAAUGAGUAGGUGGGGUGCAACAGCUACAAACCCUCAUGAUUGUGAUUUAAUUGAUUUACAGAGCCAUCAAAACGUAAACAUCAAACUAUUUUAUUAUUAAUUUAUGAAUAAAUGACAUUUAAACUGUAAAUUUCCCAUUUCUCAGUGGAGAGGUUUAUUAAAGUUACCUUUUAUAUUUUAAACUGAUAUUCCAAUAAAACAAAAAUGUAAAAUAGAAACUUUUAAUUUGAAUUUUUUUUUUUUUUUAAUUAUGAACCAAGCAGUUAAUAGUUAUUGUGGUGACUUGACGUCAUUCAGUGGUCACAAGGUCACAUAUUCAUGACAUUUGGAUCGAAAUGGGAAAGAAGCUUGUUUAUAAGUACCAUAAAAUAUAUAUAAAAGAUGGGCAUGACAAAGUCCAGUCUUUGAAGCCUUGAGCUGAGGAUUCGCUGUCUUGGUGUGGUGAGACUGGGUGUGAGGACUGAAGGGUGGAGCUGACCGAAAAACCAAAUGUGCUUUAUGUUCGUGGGCUCGCUAAUCCCGUGUUGGGCCUGACCUAAAGGAUACCCUGGUCUGAAAACCAUCCAGAAACAGUAGCCCCUUCCUGACGCUUAAGCCCAAACUGCCUGGGCUUCACUUUUAUACCCAGCCUGAGUUUGACGCUACUCUGCUACUCAUGUGAUCAUGUACUUUCAUUUAGUAUUUUGAGAGUCUCCCCAAAAGUAUGAUGCUGUUUUAUGGACUGUAUGGCUCAGGUGUGACUUUUUGAUGAGAAGCUUAGGAGAGCAGGAAGAACUGAGGUUACUGUAUGUAACAUUUAAACAUGCUGUUUCUUAAAAAAAUGGCAAAACUGUACCGAUUUCAUUAAGAAACUGGCAACUGAGAAUCUGCAGAUGUGUGUCAGAGUGCAAACCUUUACCCAGAAACAAGCGAACGAACUUUAGCUUAUAUAAUUGCUUCCUAACUGUACGGUUUAUUGCUCUAAACCAAUAAAACCUACAGCAGGUUAUGGCUGAAAAGGAGGUUAUUAUCUAACCUCCUUUUCAGCCAUUAUCUAAGAAGAAAACUGUGUGAAAGGGUGAUGCAUUGUGAAGUGAAGUAUUUAUGUGUGAAGAGAGAAACUGGUCAAAUGAAUUCUGUUUAAAAUGUUAAUCAGCCACAGCAUUAAAACCACACGCCUGAUGUUGUGCACAGAUCUGACCCGCUGCACCUCAGGGGGCGCCUUCUAGUGCCUGGCAACGGGACUUUGACUGCUUUGGCGUCUGUAUGCUUUCGAGUGGGGCUACCAUGGAUUAGAAAUUUCUAAAAAGCGAACCGCAGUCUGUCCUAAACCUUAAAAAGUUGCUUUGUUGCCAAAAUUUAACCAAACUGCAAUUGACGGCUAAUUUUUUUAUUAAAGAAACCCAAAGAUUCCCAUCAACAAAUUGCAUUUUACCCAGGUGAUCAAUAUUUUCACUUCACCUGCGUGAGUGGUUUUGAUGAUGUUGCCUUACUGGUGUAUUUUUUACCUUUUUAUGUUAGUACCCAGGACGAGGGGGAGGGGGAUGAGUUUAGCUGUGCCAUUAAAAACCCAAUUUUUGUUUAAUUUCUGAACUAAUCUGUUUCCGUCUUCUCGUACCUUUCAGUGUACUUUCUAACACUCAUUGCAUGAAUUCUGUUUAAGAGGUGGAGCAGGUGUCGGAUAGUUUAUCUGCAGCUCGCAGUCAGCUGCUUUUAAAGGUUUAAAUGUCAAUAAAUGUCAACCACACAUCUUACUGAUCCUUCAAAGUUCUUCCAAACUCUGACACUUUGGUGCAGUUACACAAAAUAAAGAGCAAACAGAGUAGUUGUUGCCUUUUGUGUACAAAUGUGCAGUCCUGGUCAGUUUGGUGGUUUGUGUCAUCACUUUUUUGUGUGUGUUGUUUAAAACUAAAUGACUAAAAAGGUGUGUUUUAUUCUUUGAGAGCAGCACCACCCUGCUAUAA